ACUUAGUUUGACUGACUUAAAUGUGCCCUUGUACAGAUUUUCAGAUAUCACUGACACUGCUGCACCAGUGUCUAGUUCCAUUUUCACUCUUGAACCAUUUACACUGACAUAUGCAUACGUAUUUGGUGUGCGCAGUACUGAGCAGCCGGUCUCUCAGCUCACUCCUCCUUACUCCACAGACAAAUCACACAGCAGUUCAUCAAAGAAAUUCCCAAACUUACACGUGGCUGCUAAUUUUCUUAAACUAGCCACAUACUCACUUAUCGUCUUGGUAUCUUUUUGGUUUCUCCUGUGAAACAUGCACCUUUCUGCAAUAAAAUUGGUCUUCGCUACAGGGUGCUGUUGCAGCAAAUCCACUAGUUCCUCAUAAGUCUUUUCCAAUGGUUUAUCCGGUGCACAUAAAUCCAUCAGCAAGCUAUGUGACCUCUUUCCCACCGCUGUGAGAAACACCGACUCCUUAGUGUCCAAAUUGUUUGCUGCAAAAUACUGCUUGAGACGCUGACAGUAGCUGUCAAAACUUUCUUCACUUUCAUCGAAGUUAAAAUCUCCUGGCUUUCCAAACACCAUUUUGCUAGCUCCGGCUUUGGUAGUCCCUUCACUCACCAAAACUCUCAUGGCUUUCUCUUCUUUACGGUGUUACUUUGAUAGCGUCUCUCCUUCCGUUGACUCUGUGCCUUCCAACUUGAAAAAUCCCAUCCUCAUCGCCAAGAAUUCUGUUAUGUAUGAUACACAAGAUUUAACGAAGUAACUAUUCAAGCAGACAACUGGAAGAUUGACAUGGCAACAACUUUAUUUCCAAAAUCCAGCCCUCUUCUUUUGCAACACAUUGUACUUUAUCUACUGCACAGAGGAAGGACGCCCACUAGUGGUCACAUUGUCUUAUGACACCUUAACUUAAUAUCAAAUAAACCAUAAUAAUAUUACAAAAAAAUGGUUUCAUUAUUUGUGUCUGGACACCACAGCCAACCCUCUUUGAAGCUCCAGAUCAGCAUUGUUGUCUAGCAAAAAUAGCAAUAAAGGCCAGGAAACCUUGGUCUUCACCUUACUGAAUUUAAGUUUGAUUAUCACAGGUUUUGUACAAUCUGCAUUUAAGAUUUAAUGAUUUUUUAACAUAGUGGAUUCUGUGCACCCUGGAAAAAAACAAGAAUCAACUGUACCACCUUUUGACACGUUAAUUUUUGGAGUAUAUUAUAUGACAAAUCAAACACAGUGUUGAUUAAUACAUUUCUCCAUCUGUGCUCUUUCAACCCUUUAUACGUUUAGCUAUUGAGUCAUAAUUGUUUAAAACUUAUUUUAAGUGAGAAUUAACUGAAAAGGUCUGCAUACUCCACUUUCCAAGCUCUAAAACUUAAAAGGGGAAACAGGAAAGGACUUUUGUAUUUAUAUAUGUUAAUAUUUAUUCAUUUAAUUAAUUAUUUCAACACCAGAGUGCAGUAGAACAUAGCAGCUAACUGAGCACCACCGGAGAAAAUAACGAAGAAGAGAUCGGUGCGCUCUGUCCCGUUAGUGUUCCGCAGUCGUUUGAAAUUGUUGCAGUAUUUGGCUCCCAGAAAGCAAGAGUGACGGAAUUUGACGGAACACCAGCUGUUUCCUGCUCCCAUUUGUUGGCUGAAGCUUAUGGGAGGCUUGUCUUCUGGAAAACGGGUUUAGCACCUCGUCGCCCACCAUGAACCUUGGUUCUUUGAUGCUCCAGCUGACCUCAUCAGUGAGUGUUCACCUCCUCUGCUUCCUACUGCUCCUCUCCAGCCUCUCCCUCACAGCACCCAUGUCAGAUCAAGUUUCUCCAGCCUGGCUCAACACUGUAGAGUCCAACUGCUCCGCUGGAUGUAUACAGACGUCAGGUCAGAAAACUGAGGCAAACCUUAAUAAAAGUAAUGAACUUCACAUUAAAUUAAAUGAGUCCCACCAGGAGAAGUUUGUUCGUAACUUAACUUCAUCCUCCAACCUGACCAAAGUCCUCUUCAGUCAACCUCACCAGUCGUCAUCCACCUCUCCAACGAUUCUGAAGCUAGGAUCUUUAACCAGCCAGAGUUCACCUUCAGAGGUAGACGCUGUGAGAGCAACUCCUCCUCGUCCUCCUUUCAUGUCUGUCUUACCCAAUCAGUCUGCAGAUAAUGGUUCCACUAUAAGCCCGUUUCCAUCAGCUCCAACAGAACCUGUUGGGACCUCUCAAACAGUUUUAGAAGCAACUCAGAUGACUUUUGCAGCUCUGCCCUUCAAAACACUAGCAGAAAUGACACUAUCUACACCUCUGUCCCCCAAAACACCAGCUACUUCACAAUCUACAACAUCAAAAACAGUUAACAACCCUCCAACAACUGUAAAAGUGAUAACUACCAUUUUGCCCACAGGCCAAAAACGUCCAUCAUCAUCUGUGGGACCCACAAUGCGGUCUAGUACCAGGAAAGCAGUGGUUUCACCUACUUCUUUAAGCACAGAAGCUACAGCCGUUCCUCUUAGCAGAACCACUGCUUCUGGCAGCCCCACUAAAUCCUCUGCUUCUGCAACAAGGGUUGCUGUGGUAGAAGUUGCUGGAGCGGCUCUGACCUGGCAGCUGGUGGACACAGCCUCUUUACUGGCUGUCCUGCUCUUUGGCCUGCUCUUCUUCCUGGUCACAGUGGCAGUGUUUGUCACGCAGGCAUACGAGAGCUACAAGAGGAAGGACUACACACAAGUCGACUACCUGAUCAAUGGCAUGUACAGUGACUCUGGAGUGUGAUGCAGGAAGACACUAAACCCAAGCCACGGAGCUUGAUCGGCACAUAAUAAUCACAGCGACUGCUGUUUGUUGAAGAAGUGGUAAUAAAGUAGAAAAUGGAACAGCCUGAUUUGUUUAUAUCAGCACUGUACUGUUGCCUCCUUUGUUUUGUUUUUUUGGUAUAGAACAGCCCACCCUAAACUGUAAUUAGGAUGGCGAGCAUUCUGAAUGAGUUCAGCUAUUUCUGGCAGAAAAAGCUGCUCCACAUUUAUCUUCUGCCUGCAUGAAGGUGGUUGCAAAAUGGUUAGCACAGCAGAUGACCUUGGUAUGAUCAAUAUAACUAUAUUUUGUUUUCCUUUUCAAAUUGAAAUCUGUGAAAAAAAAUUAUUUCUACGAGAGUGCAUGAUGGCAGCCAAUUAUUGAAGGUUAUUUUGAAUAAAUUUAAAACAUUUCAUAAACCAUAAUUCCUUUUUAAACUGAAUCUUGACUACAGUAUUGGAAAAUUUUAAAUCUGAGGUGCAAUAGGUUUGAUACAGAGUACAGUUUCUCUUUAAAAAGUCUAAAUCUUACAUUAAGUUCAGUUUUUUUUCUGUUGAGAUGUCAUACGUACUAAUAUUUUCAAUAGAUAACUGUCACCGGGGUGUUUUACUACCAAUACUGAGCAUUUUUCUUCCUGGAGGCUGAAAUUAAGAGGUAGUCAUUCUUCUAAAUUCUUAUAAAAUGAAAGCAGAUUCCGACAGUAUCAAACAUCUCAGCUUUAAAAAAUUGUAGUGCAAUUUAUUAGAUUUGAACUGUCACGCAGCUCUUACUUUUUCAAUAAGGGAGAAGAACAAUGAAGACUGUGCCCACUCCCAAUGAUCUUCACUGAUGAAGGUGAUAGGUAAUGAUCAAAUGGAAUAUUGAAGGCAGACCUGGUAACUAAAGUGUUUACUUAAAUAUAAUAAAAAUACUUUUCAUCUUUUGAUUGUGUUAGUCACCCUGAGGGGACACGCUAACAUGUUCCAUUUUGCUGCAUGUAUUUCACAUGGGAUGGCCAUUGUAUAGGACCAGAAAGAGUUGGUCAUGUCUCCCCUUAGCCGUUGUGUUGCAACUGUGGUUGUUUUAUAUCUGACCUUUUUUUUUUUUUUAGGAAACUGUUGCUGCAAUGAGAUUUGUUUUGGCUGACCAUGUAUCGGUUUGGACAGUAAGAAAUAUAAUCGAUUUUACUGCAAGAAAAAUGGAUUAUAAACCCCUCGUCACCUAAGGGGAGCCACGUUGGGAGCGCCACAAUGCGUCUAGUCAUUGAACAUGUGAACACCAACAUGUAUGUCAGCGUUGAUGCUUCUGAGUAAAACGGGUUUAAAAAGCAUCUCUGGAUGUUGCGGCAACCAGACGCUGCUGGUGUGGGUUUUUUGGUUGGAAAUAAUAGAAGCUGUUUUUUUUAUGUGUCUGAUGCUCCCACAGUGCUGUCCUUCACCACUUUUUGGUUCAACCAGAGGUCAUCAUUUGAUAUUCCAUAAAAGUUUGCAAACCCAAAUAGGAAACAAUAGUGCACCCAAUCAAGUAGGGUCCAAUACAAAGUCUUCAUAGAAUAGUGUGUACUUAAAUUGAAAUUUAAUUUGAGCAUUCUGAUCAUUAUAUCCAUAAUUCACAAAAAUACGCUGCUGUGUUGUAUUCAUCGUGAAAUUGAAGUAGAAACAUGCGACUUCAAAUUGGCUAAGAGACAAACGGACCCAGAGCUUACCAUGACCAGCCACGGUCGGCAGUGUAAAGGUUUAUGUUAACAGUCAAGUGAUCAAACAUGAGUAGGCUGUAAAGGUUCUAAAAAUCCCAUUUGUUUGGAUCGCUUUGGAGUUAUUGGAGUUCAGGGACAGUUUUAACAGCUUAUAACCUCUCAACAGAACACCUCUUGAAAAAAUCUGCUAGGAAAAAACAAAAGUUUCUUACUGUCUGAGGAAUAACUCGGCAUUUAGCAUGCUAUUACGGUUUCAUUGAAAAUGCGGAUAUUCCGUUAUAAAAACAGAAGCUGCUUUUGGACAGUCUAAUUCUUAAGGCCGCUUUAGUGAUGUCAUGGUGAACAAAUUUUAUGCUACCGAUGUUUUUUGGGUUUGUUCACUAGUUCUUUAUGUUGAAUGCCUUUUAUAAACCCUAACUACUUUUCAAACAUUACACACUGGCAGAAAGAGAAACAGGGCUGGUACUUCAGUGAAAGCCCCUGGGCUUGUAUUAAUUACACUGGAGAGAAAUCUCUGAGAAGCACUCUGUCCAUACGAGGCCUCUAUGUAGUGGCUGCUAGUGUCAUAGUACUUCUCUCCAUGGCUCUUACCUUUUUAAUUCCUUUGCAUAGACUCAUUUUCCUCCAGGAAAAUGUCAGGGCGACAGAACAUACCAAAAACCAUCAUGUCUUUACUGAUCUCAUUGGUUAUGACUUUUUCACCAUCUGCCAUAUUGAUUGUUGAGUCAUUUUGUGUUAGCAGAGGUGCUGUUCCUCAAACGACUUGUUGAGCUCCGAAGAGUUUCUAAAACAAACAACUUGAGUUCCAGUUUAGAAGGAGAAGAAGUUCUGCCUUUGAAAGAGUUUUCAGCAGAGUGCUGACUGGGAAGAAUGGAACCGUUGUUAAAGGACACUAAGGUUUUUUUUGGUUUUGCUAAAUCUAGAUCCCAUGAAAUGACUUAAUGUGAUUAGCUGCUGAGAACAAUCUUUUUGGUUUGCCUUCCAUCACUUUGAGGCCCAGAAUAGGUCCCUGGUAGAACCCUGAGAGCUUUCUGUUCUGUAAUUGUGGAUGUUUCGGCCCAGUAGCUUUAGGUUGGGGGAGCAGAAGGCCUUUAGAGGUGUCAGUGGGACUACUACAAGCUUCUCUCAGUUUAGUCUGCUAGAUUCAUGGAGUUUUUGCAUUUCAACUUGUCUUAAAACAUAUUUAACACUAUUAGAUGUUUACAUAUCUUACUAUGGUUUAAUUGUCUAUAAAAGCACAGUAGCUUAUAGAAACAAAGGUCCAAAAUUUCAGUUGAAUUUCACGACAUUCCAUUAAGUUUCACUGAUGUAGAUGAUGCCUUCCUUCAAGGCUCAGUGUCUUUUGAGAGAACACAUUUAUACCUUACCAGUUUAUUUCCCAGUAGUUGAGAAUAUUUACUGGAAGCUUUUGAAUGUAUUCGGUCAUCUUUCUCCCAUAUUCUGAUAUCUAUUAAUAACCUCCUUCUGUGCUAUACUUUUAGAUUUGGGUUUCUUGGCCUUAGAGGUAUCUACCUGUAAUUAAGGUGUGGUUUUGAAAGAAGACAAUGAGUUUUUUUGUAAAAAACGUAUUUUUGGAAACUCAUAAAAGCAUUUUUAUUUCCUUUUUGUUUUCUCUUUUAUGCAGUGUUUCCAAUAAUGUUGGCUUUUUUUUCCACAUAGUUUAGUUGCCUGAUGACGUUUUCUCAUUAGGAACUCACAGUGCAGUACUUUGGUGUCCUCCUGUUCUGGUGCCAUAUUUAUUGUGAUUUUUUAAAUAUUUUGGUGCUGAUGAUCAACCAGGUCAGUAUGUAUGGUUUAGGGUGAUUUACAUUUGUUGUUGUGGUGUGUUGCUUAAAGCACAUUGUUUUCUUAUAAAGCCAAGGGAUAUUUCAAGCCAUAAUAAGUUUGUGAUUAAUGUAAGAAAAAUGCUCUUCAGAAUUAAAGAGACGUAUUUGUUUAUUGUGCAUGUGAAAUGCAUUUGAGUUGAAUAAUUUAAUUGUGUCUGCAUGUGAAACUGGGUUUUCUCACUAAAACGUUAGUUGAACCAAAAACCUUCAUUAGCCAUAGGUGUGACUGAUUUGUCUGUAGUGCCAGUCUGUGUUGAAGAGUCUUGGAUCAUGUCAGUAGGACUGUCAUAAAGUGAUGUUUAUGUUUCUGAUGCUGGAAGCUGUUAUAUGUUGGAUAUGUCUGUGUUUGCAGGAACUGAUGUCACCUGCUAUGUGCCAACUGAAUAUUGUACUAAUGCACUUUCCAAAUAUUUUUUCACUUUGUAGAAAAUUAAUAAUAAAGAAUUAAACAGAA